AAACGACGCUGUGAGCAGCAGAGCGUGGGCUUGGAGGAAGAAAGCACCGAGCUCUCCGGCGACCAACCGUGCUCGUAGUCCAUCAGCUCCUGAACCACUUCGCGCAACUCGUCCGCAUCCAAGUCCAACUCCACCAGCUUGGUCAGCACCACACGCACAACCUCGCCGUGCCCUUCGACACCCGCAGCCGCAACCGCGGCCCUCAGUCGCCGCCCCUCACACUCCCGCCUCCACCCAACUUGGGACGCCUGAGCGAAUUCACUUUGGCGGUGGAUGGGGCGGUAUGUCGGUCGAGCUGGCCGUCACCAGACCGGGGGCCGUCCCGAGCGCCUCGGAAGGACGAGAGUAAGGGGAGGAUGGAGGCCGUGUUCUCACACCAUGCUUGCCCGACUUCAGACUGAGCGCGCCGAGGCCGAGACCGCCCUGGGCAUUGCGGCGCCGCUGCCCGUGGGAACGAGUCCGAGCCCAAACUCCGAAGCAGCUCGGGCGCUGGGCCUGUGGCUGGCUGCCGACGAGAUCGUGUGGGCGUCGCUCCCGUCGUUCACCGGCUUCUGGUCGCCCACCCCCGACUGCUACGAGCCCAUGUGCACGACCGAUGAGCUGGGUGCUGUGGCGGGAGACGACGCGGCGUUCCGCGCCCACUUUCCGAUCGCCGCGGGCGUGGUGGCGGCGCGCGCCGGCGUGUGGGGCGAGCGCGUCCUCGGCUGGGGGCUCGCGUCCGAAGUGCGAGCCGACGCAAUAUUCGGCGAGGAAGACGGGGCCGCUUACGCACGGACGGACGAUGGGGACGUCAUCGUGUUUGCGACGAGAGAGUAAAGGCGACAG